CCAUCGCCCAUUCAGCUAGCUAGAGCCUAGAGCUACCCAUCUCCACCGUACGUAUCAAUCCAUCCACAUGGUGCCCAACGGUAACAAUGACAACAACAACGCCGCCAAGGACUACCGUGACCCUCCCCCGGCGCCGCUCAUCAACGCCGGCGAGCUGGGCAAGUGGUCGCUCUGGCGCGCCGUCAUCGCCGAGUUCACCGCCACGCUCCUCUUCGUCUACGUCACCGUCGCCACCGUCAUCGGCCACAAGCGCCAGACCGACGCCACCGUCGGCUGCGGCGGCGCGGGAAUCCUCGGCAUCGCGUGGGCCUUCGGCGGCAUGAUCUUCGUCCUGGUCUACUGCACCGCCGGCGUCUCCGGCGGCCACAUCAACCCGGCCGUCACCUUCGGCCUCCUCCUCGCCCGCAAGGUCUCCCUCGUCCGCGCGCUGCUCUACAUGGUCGGGCAGUGCCUCGGCGCCAUGUGCGGGGCCGGCCUCGUCAGGGCCGUGCACGGCGCCCAGUACGCGCGCCACGGCGGCGGCGCCAACGAGCUCGCGCCGGGAUACUCCAAGGGCGCCGGGCUCGCCGCGGAGAUCAUCGGCACCUUCGUGCUCGUCUACACCGUCUUGGCCGCCACCGACCCGAAGCGCAAGGCGAGGGACUCCCACGUGCCCGUGCUGGCGCCGCUGCCCAUCGGGUUCGCGGUGCUCAUCGUGCACCUCGCCACCAUCCCCAUCACCGGCACCGGCAUCAACCCGGCCAGGAGCCUCGGGCCCGCCGUGGUGUACAACAACAAGAAGGCGUGGGACGAGCAGUGGAUCUUCUGGGUGGGGCCCUUCAUCGGGGCCGGCGUGGCCAUGGUGUACCACCAGUACAUCAUCAGGGGCGGGGCCGGCAAGGCCUUGGCCUCCUUCCGCCACAACUACAUCUCUACAGCCUAAUGCAUUAAUUUGUUUCCUUCCUUCCACCAUUCAUCAGAGAGCGAAUCUGCAAAAUGUACAUGCAUGGCUAGCUUGCAUUCACCGUCUCGUGUUUUUUUUUCUUUUUUUUUAAAAAAAAUUCGUUAUGUAGUUUUUGUCAU